AUGGAUGGGAAAGAAGUUUGGGAUGGAGAAGAAGUUUGGAAUGGAGAAGAAGUUAAGGAAGAAGAAGAAGUUAAGGAGGAUGGAGAAGAAGUUAGGGAAGGAGAAAAAGUUAAGAAUGAAGAACAAGUUAGGGAAGGAGAAGAAGUUAAGGAUGGAGAACAAGUUAGGGAAGGAGAAGAAGAAGUUAAGGAUGGAGAAGUAGUUUGGGAUGGGGAAGAAGUGAAGGAAGGAGAAGAAGUUAAGGAAGAAGAAGAGAAGAAGAAGUUUUGGAUGGAGAAGAAGUUAAGGGUAAAGAAGAAAGUAUGGAUGGGGAAGAAGUUUGUGAUGGAGAAGAAGUUUGGGAUGGAGGAGAAGUUUGGAAUGGAGGAGAAGAACCGAAGUAUGGAGAAGAAAUUAAGGAAGAAGUUUAGGAAGGAGACGAAGUCAAGGAAGAAGAAGUUUUGGAUGGAGAAGAAGUUAAGGAUAAAGAAGAAAGUAUGGAUGGGGAAGAAGUUUGGGAUGGAGAAGAAGUUUGGAAUGGAGAAGAAUCUACUAAGUAUGGAGAAGAAGUUAAGGAAGGAGAUGAACUUUCGGAUGGGAUGGGAUAGCAUAGGAGAUUAUAUAAAUGAAGAACAAGUUAGGGAAGGAGAAGAAGCUAAGGAUAGAGAAAAAGUUAGGGAAGGAGAAGAAGAAGUUAAGGAGGGAGAAGUAGUUUGGGAUGGGAAAGAAGUGAAGGAAGGAGAAGAAGUUAAGGAAGAAGAAGAAGAAGAAGAAGUUUUGGAUGGAGUAGAAGUUAAGGGUAAAGAAGAAAGUAUGGAUGGGGAAGAAUUUUGGGAUGGAGAAGAAGUUUGGGAUGGAGUUGAAGUUUGGAAUGGAAGAGAAGAACCGAAGUAUGGAGAAGAAAUUAAGGAAGAAGUUUAG